UGCUCUAUUUGAUCUAUAGAAGUAUGCAGUAUUAGACAAAAUGGAAUUAAAUAUGCCCAAUCCACAAAUCAGAUGUAGCAGUGCCAAUUGCACUAAUAAAAGAGAAUACAUUUGUCUCGAUCAUAAAGAAGCAAUCUGUGCUUAUUGUUGUGACACCAUCCAUUAUGACUGUGAGGUCAAUAAAUAUUGUGACAAGCAUGAGCUCAAGUUAGUUGUUAAACUCCUGCAUGAUUUUGUGAAAGACCUUAAGCUCAAAGCAUAUCAGAAUGGUCUGAUGCAAAGGAUCUGUGGCUUAGAGCAAGUCUUUACUGCUAUCCAUGAAGAGUUUGAGGUCUAUGACAGAGAGGUCAGACAGGCAUUACGUGAUAACUCUUUUAUACAGUUCCAUACACUUGUGAAACAAGCCAGAAGGCUCAAGUCAGAGAUUUUUGAAGGAAAAUUUGGAAACAAUGUAAAAGGUCAGAAUCCAAUUCUCAGACUUCUGUUUGAUUCCGAGUUGUGAAGAGAUAACUCUCAGAAAGUUGAAAUCCAGAAUUCAUAUGAGUUCAUGUCGGCAGUGAGGGAGGUAGCUAAGGAUAAUAAGAGAGUUAUGGAGGAGAAGAUGGGAAGGGAGAUUCAGAAGGCAAAAGAGCAGAUUGAGAAUGAGAUUAACCAGAAAUAUCAAGGUGAAAUAGAAAGUUUAAAAAGUCAAAUUGAACAAUUGAAUCAAGAUAAAGCUAGAGGCGAACAAAUAGUGGAAGAUCUUGGAGCAGAAAUGCAAAACAAAGAAAAUGAAAUUGAAAGAGGAAAACAAUUGAGCAAUUCACUAAAUGAUCAACUUGAAUUCCUCAAGACCGAAUGAGACCAGGUCAAGCAAGAGAAUGCCAGACUUGUCGAAGAAGUGAAAACCAAUACCAUCAAGCUUGAAGAACAGAGUAGAACUUUACAAAAGCACAUAGGAGCUGAAAAAUGUGAGGAAAUAUACAAAGACAUGAUGGGUGGAAAAGUUAGUCUCAACUCUCUUUUCAAGCUUGACCUUGAUUUGAGUAACGAAAAACAUAAAAAGCUGAUAGAAGAGCUUGGAUCAAGAAAGAUCCAACUCCCAAAUAUCAAUUGGAUGAAACUUCAGCAUAUGCACGACUGUACUGAAAUUGUGGAUCAAUUCUUAUUAAGCUCAAUUCCUGACAAACUUUCAAUGCUAAUACUAAAUAGAUGUGGAACUAAAUUAAUAGAUAUUUCAAAGAUCAUGAAAGGUCUUCUAAAAGCUAUACCAAGCGUUACUCAAGAAUUAUACCUCCAAAUUUUCAAUUUCUCUUCAAAAGACUUAGAAAAAAUCAUCAAAGCUGCACAUAAAAUACCCAAAGUUGUAUUCAGACUUGGUCAGUUUGAUACUCAAGAAGAAAUGGACUUCAGCAUCGAUGAUGGAGAGUACAAGAUCGAGUGCCUUAGUGUCCAGUAUACUAACGACAAAAAAUAUGUGACAAACACCUGGGAUGAACAUCCUGAAGAAUUUGAGACAAUUGUCAAGGCCAUCGCUCAGUCAGGAUUAAAGGAGAGUUUGAAGAAGAUCAAGUUGUAUGCUAGCAUUAUCUCAAAAGAUAAAGUAAAAGAGUUGUUGGAGACUCAUGGCUUAGGACAGAUAGAUGUUAUAGAGGAGCAAGAUUUAGAAGCUAAAAAGUAAUUUUA